UCUUAUAUUGAUAGUUUUUACGACUUUAGUUCAUUAUUCAACAUCUAUUGUGGGUUUCGGAAAUAUAAGAUAUCGGAAAAAAAAAUUUAAAGAGCCUGAUUCACCAUUAGGGCAUGAUCUAGCAGAUGAUGAUCUGCUAAUGUAUGAGACAAAAGAGAACGGCGGAAGCUUCUUUAUUGAUAUGCAUCCACCAUUGGCUAGAUUGCUCUUCACUUUUGCUGGUGUCUUGGGUGGAUACGAUGGAAAUUUUGAUUUUGAGAAUAACAA